UUUGUUGCUCACCCCAACUGCCAGCAGCAAUUGCUCACGAUGUGGUAUGAAAACCUCUCAGGCUUACGGCAGCAAUCUAUAGCUGUGAAGUUCUUGGCUGUCUUUGGGGUCUCCAUUGGCCUGCCCUUCCUCGCCAUAGCCUACUGGAUCGCUCCCUGCAGCAAGUUGGGACGGACUCUACGGAGUCCUUUCAUGAAGUUUGUGGCACAUGCAGUUUCUUUCACAAUCUUCCUUGGACUGUUAGUAGUGAAUGCUUCAGAUCGAUUUGAAGGAGUAAAAAAUCUCCCCAAUGAGACCAUCACAGACCAUCCAAAACAAAUAUUUAGAGUCAAAACAACUCAGUUCUCAUGGACCGAAUUGCUGAUCAUGAAGUGGGUAUUGGGCAUGAUAUGGUCAGAGUGCAAGGAGAUCUGGGAAGAGGGUCCACGCGAAUAUGUGGUGCAUCUCUGGAACCUGCUGGACUUUGGGAUGCUGUCCAUCUUCGUGGCAUCAUUCACCGCGAGGUUCAUGGCUUUUCUCAAAGCAACUGAAGCACAACAGUACGUAGAUCAGUACGUUCAAGAUGAUGACCUCAAUAAUGUCACCCUUCCCCCUGAAGUUGCUUACUUUACUUAUGCCAGGAACAAGUGGCUUCCCUCGGAUCCUCAGAUCAUUUCAGAAGGACUGUAUGCAAUAGCUGUGGUACUCAGCUUCUCCCGCAUUGCUUACAUUCUUCCAGCCAACGAAAGCUUCGGCCCCCUGCAGAUCUCUCUGGGGAGGACUGUGAAGGAUAUCUUCAAGUUCAUGGUCAUCUUCAUCAUGGUGUUCCUGGCCUUCAUGAUUGGAAUGUUCAACCUUUAUUCUUACUACCUUGGUGCAAAAUACAACCCUGCAUUUACAACGGUAGAAGAAAGUUUUAAAACCUUAUUCUGGUCAAUAUUUGGCUUAUCUGAAGUGAUAUCUGUGGUGCUGAAGUAUGAUCAUAAAUUCAUUGAGAAUAUUGGAUACGUACUCUAUGGAGUAUAUAACGUGACUAUGGUGGUGGUGCUGCUUAAUAUGCUAAUAGCCAUGAUCAACAACUCCUAUCAGGAAAUUGAGGAGGAUGCAGAUGUGGAGUGGAAGUUUGCACGUGCUAAGCUCUGGCUAUCCUACUUCGACGAAGGAAGGACUUUACCUGCUCCUUUUAAUCUAGUGCCAAGCCCUAAAUCAUUUUAUUAUCUCAUACUGAGAAUAAAAAUGUGCCUCAUAAAACUCUGCAAAUCUAAGGCCAAAAACUGUGAAAAUGAUCUUGAGAUGGGGAUGCUGAAUUCCAAACAACGGAAAGUUCGUUUUCACUCUAGCACUCGAAAUACAGAAAAUUUUUCUGGGAAGAAUGCUUAUAACAAGCCCACGAGAUAUCAG